GGGAAGAUGUUUGAUUUUUUUCCGGGUUGUACACCAACAUGGCUGCGCCCUUGGCAUUGCAUCUGGAGUUCGGAGGAGGAGCUGAACUUCUGUUUGAUGGAGUGAAGAAUCAUCAUGUGACACUCCCGGGCCAAUCAGAUCCCUGGGACAUGAAGCAGCUGCUGGCGUGGAUUCGAGGGAACAUGCUGAAGGAGCGCCCGGAGCUCUUUAUACAGGGCGAUACUGUUAGACCUGGUAUUCUUGUAUUGAUUAACGACGCAGACUGGGAACUGAUGGGAGAACUGGAGUAUCAGCUUCAGGACCAGGAUAAUGUUGUCUUCAUCUCCACGCUUCAUGGAGGUUAGCUGACUCUUAAAGAUGCACGACACCCGUACAGGAGCCUUGCCACUCUCAAAAGGUCAACAUUCAAAUGGCCUGUCAACAAUGCCAUCAUUUGCUGAUUUCAAUCCUAACCCUGGACUUGUGACCAACCCAAUGAACAGACGCUCUUUUAUUUAGUUUUUUGGUCCAUUGAAACAUCAGACUGCGGACUCUUCGUUGGUCCUUGUACCGUUCAGGAGGGUGUUGGGGGUUAGGAUGGGAGCACGGGCUCAUUAAGAAGGUCAUUCUGUCUAGCCAGUGUCCAGAUGGACUCUCUUGAGAAAUGAUAAACCGGUUACCCCAAGUCAAAUGGCUCCGAUAAAAUUUUCCCCCAGUUUUUUUUGUCUGAUGCCUUCAUACCCAUCAUUUCAGGGUUUUUUUUUUUUGCAUAUUUUAUGCAAACUGUUUUUUAUUUGUUAUAAAUAAAUAUGAAAUGUAAACACAUUGUGUCGACAAAAAAUAUUUUUUAAAGCUAAAAUGCAUUGGUACAAAAUAAAAAUGUUUUGUAAAAGAUUUAAUAGAUUCAUGCAAUUUAGCUUGCAGUAAUGUGUUAUGUCACAAAUGCAGCAUGUAUUUUGAUAUUUGGUUUAUAUUAAUUUAAAUUAAGUAUAUUCAUGUGGUAAUAUCUUGCAAUUUCCACAAGUGAAUAUACGUUAAGCCUGCUAUAAAACAGAAUAUUUCGUACAUCUAUAAAUGUAUAAUUUGUGGUGUUUGUGUGGUCAGUUUAGCAUCUUUGAGAAACAAUGUCACUUCUAUAGUGAAAUGCUGUAAUGCCUCUUAUUAUGGACAUUGAUUUGGUUCUACUUCCGUGUCCCAGGGUUCACCUAUAGAAUAUUCGUUAGAAUAAACUGAAGCAUGUCUGCGGGAAGUCGAGCACAAAUCUCUCCUGCCUGCAACGGAAACCCGUAUGAUAAUAGUAACACUAAUACACAUGCUAAUGAUCUUGAGGGGGGAAAACGUGAUGUCACGAGUGGUGUGUGUGUGUGUGUGUGUGUGUGGCACGAACUGGGCUUUUAUGUGUGUGUUUGGGGGGGUAAACAUGAGUGAGUGGUCUAAUUAUUAAAAGCACGUUCUACUUCGUUUAUAGUUAUUUUUCUAUGCAAACACUAUAUAGCAACUAUAGCUAUAUUUGGGCAUAAAUUGACGAAAUGCUUGUAUUUUUACAGUUAGUUGCGAGAAUUGUCUCUAUAAUUUACCCAUAUUUAUACAAUUCUUUAGAUCCAUUUCUAAUAACUAGGCCCUAGGCUAUAUGUAAAGGGUACAAUAUGUCACGGGAUUUAUAGAUAUUUAUAUAUGAACUAUUGCUGAAUGGCUGCGUAGAUGUUUUUAAAAUAUAUGGCUUUUAAUAUUAAGUAUAAAUUUCUUGCAAAUGUUUCUUGCUAUUUUUUGUACAGAUUGUUUAACCCACAUGGUUUGCGUUCGUUUGUCUACAUUUAGAUCUUUAAGUCUAGAUAUUUAUUUAGCCUGUCAUCCAUACCCCAUCAUAUUCUAAUAAGAUGCAUAUACCCUAAAAAGCAGGUAAUGGCAUUUACCAAUAAAAUCUCACAUCAGACACCUGCCAACCACGAAAACUUCGAUUUGUAAAAAGAACUGCUUGGCCUAAACGCGAUUAAAUCCAACGCUAAUAAUACAAAACUGCCUUUUUAUGUUGCAUUUUCAAAUAAAAUGGUUUUGAAUAAUAUUUUGUUUUACUAUGUAUAAAAUGGUUUGGAAAGUCUUCUCUUAUAGCUUUAUAAUGUAAGACGGGCAAAUUUAUGAAAAUAUUAGAAAUGGUCAUUUUGAAA